CCGAGAGGAUCCUGGGAGCCUGACGGAUCCUGAGGAGGCAGAAAGGAGGCAGACCACCAUGAAGCUGUGAAGGUUACCAGCCGAGGAGGAAGUCUGUCAGGCUGCGCUUGUCCCAAGUGUUCAGGGUCUGGACCGGUUGAGGAAGGGGUCUUUGCGGCACCAUGGGGGCCUCCAGCCAAAAGGUUUCCCUCCUGUCGGCGCUUCUGGUGCUGCUGCUGUGUGUCGCCUCGUCUCUCUGCCAGGAGGAAUACUCCGGACAGCACUCAGGUGAGAAACACACCUAUGAGGAGUCGUCUGCAUUCAACCACUACAACGACAAAGGUUCUCAUCAACCUGAGCCUGAGCCCACUCAGUACUACGACGAGGAGCAGCAGCCGGUGGAGGAGGACUAUGACCCCACCAGGGUCACCAUGAUCACUGAAGACGUCUUCCCUUUUGCCUCGACCACAGAGUCCCACUACGCCAAGGAGGACACCGAGACCAUGCAGGUGCCUUUUAAGUACCCAACAGGACCGGGCACAGACUCCUCAGAGGAGUCGGGAGCUGAUGCGGCUCUUGGAGAGGAGGGACCGACUGAGUGUGACUGUGAACCCGGGGGACCCGGUUUUGCUGGUUUUGCAGGACCAAAGGGGUCCAGAGGCCAGCAGGGUCAAACGGGUCUGCCUGGCAUUCAGGGAAGAGAGGGUCUUAAAGGAGCUAAAGGAGUUCGUGGAAGAGGAGGAGACACUGGACCAGUCGGUGAUGCUGGACCCGAAGGAGAAGAAGGAGCUUCAGGUUUCUCUGGCGGGAUGGGAGAACCUGGACUUCAGGGUGACCCGGGUGAGCGUGGAGAGCUCGGUCUGAAGGGGGACAUCGGUAUGGAGGGCCCCCGAGGAGGAGUUGGAGCUCCUGGUGAGACUGGGCCUCGCGGUGAACCAGGCACCCCAGGAUCGAGAGGAGGUAAAGGUCUCAAGGGUUCUGGUGGUGACCUUGGUAAGCAGGGUCCUCAGGGAAAAGAUGGACCAAAGGGUCAGACAGGAGCUCCCGGGUUUCCAGGUGACGUCGGAGAGAGAGGCUACGCUGGUUAUCCAGGACAAACGGGACCAUUUGGGCCAAAUGGACCGAAGGGCUCUAAAGGCUGGAGUGGCUUUCCAGGAAGUGAUGGUGACCCCGGAGAGGAUGGUCCGAUGGGAGUCCAAGGUGUGAUAGGAGAUCCAGGACCGUUUGGUGUCAAGGGCAGUAAAGGGGAUCGUGGCGUCCGAGGACCCCGUGGCAGAGUGGGCAGAGCGGGGGAUCAAGGAGAACCUGGAGAUGCAGGAAUACCAGGAAAACAUGGGCCCAAAGGUCUUCAGGGUCCAAUAGGAGCCAAAGGGGAGACGGGACCUGACGGGGAGAAGGGUGCUGUAGGUAGAAAAGGCUACAAGGGGGAGAGAGGCCAAAAGGGAGGAAAGGGUGACCAUGGAAACAAAGGACAGCGAGGACCAAAAGGUGCGGCGGGCCGUAACGGAGUCCCGGGUCCUGUUGGACCGCCCGGCGUCCCCGGCUCCAGAGGAGACCGCGGCCCAGCCGGUGACCCAGGAGACAAAGGCCGAGCGGGACCCAAAGGACGUCCAGGAGAGGCUGGUCCUGGUCUGACCGAUGAGCAGGUCCUGCAGCUCUGCAGAGGCGUGGUCACGGCCCAGUUAGCCCAGUACGCCGCCUCCAUCCGAGCCAAGUGCACCCAGGGCUGCCCCGUCAACAGCCGGACGCUGAUCGGCCCCCCAGGAGCCCGAGGACCACCGGGACCGCCUGGCAAGGCUGGCAAAGCAGGAAAAACUGGAGAAAAAGGAGCCAGAGGUGUUCAGGGUCAACGAGGGCUGGAGGGCCAAAAAGGCGCCGAGGGCGGCAGAGGUUCAAAAGGAGCUAAAGGCAUCACAGGGGAUCCAGGCAAAAGCCUACCGGGCCCCGACGGACCGCAGGGACCCCCAGGUGAGCAGGGUGACCCGGCAGCGCCCAAAAAUGGGAUGGAGGGCCCCCGCGGGCCUCGAGGCUUCCCCGGUGCGGUCGGGCCCCCCGGUGCGGUCGGGUUCCCGGGCGUGCCGGGAUUCUGCGAGAUGCGGGACUGCGGUAUUUAUGCACCGGUGCUGCGCAAAGAGCAGGGCCUGGUGAAAGGACCUGCGAGCUCAAGCAUCUGAGCUCCAAACGCCGCGGUUUAUCGCAGUAGUGGGUUGCAUUAAGCGGCUUUUGGUGGGAAAAUUUAACACAAUAAAGGCAUGACCCCAACUAACGGCAUAAACUGCAGCCGGUUGAUCCACUUAGAAGUCAAAGCAGAAAAAAAACUUUUAUUGUGAGCCAGAAAUGGGCUUUAAAUGAGCAGAGAAAUCCUGCAGGGGCCCCUAUUCAUUAAUACUGAAAACCGUUUGGCUGGAACAUGUUGUAGUGUAAACGUGGCAAAAAGUGAAUUAUUCAUUAAAGAUUCUCUCUUCAUGUUUAUUUUUUUCCUUCUCCAAAUUAUGGAAAAACCCAGUUUUGUGUAAAUAACAUGUAAAGAGUCUAAAGUUCAUGUUCUGUUUUUGUUUCAGAUAAACGAUCUGAUUUUUUUUU